CACUUCCUUGUAGUUGUCAACAUCGAGUAGAAAGCAAAGAGGCAGUGAGUACAACCGAAAACACCACACAGCAGUAAACAGUGCAGAAGAUAGCCGGAAAAUUAGUAAACGUCGAAAGAUUAUUUGAAAACAUAUGAGUAAUAUUUGACGGCGCAUGUGGACUGAGUGAAACUCUGUCAUCACCCAAUACAUCAAUGUGUAUAAUUUUCUUCAAGUUUGAUCCCCGGCCUGCAUCCAAAAAUGCCUACAGGCUAAUUUUGGCUGCGAACAGAGAUGAGUACUACAACAGGCCGUCCAAAGCUGCUGAGUUUUGGGGAACCAACAGUGAGAUCCUCAGCGGCCUGGACCUGGAAUAUGGUAAAGAGGGAGGAUCAUGGCUAGGGAUCAGCAAGAGGGGCAAGAUGGCUGCAAUCACAAACUACAUGGAGGGACGUCAAAACCCAGAUGCACAUGGACGAGGAUUCCUGGUCUCUAACUACCUUAUGGACAAGGAUGUGGACAGUUACUCGUAUCUGAAAAAGGUGUCAACAGAGAGCCACCUGUACAACGGCUUCAACCUCAUCACAGCAGAGUUCAGAGCCAAACAAGACAUUGUGUGUUACUAUGGAAACAGAGGCAGCACUGAACCCAUCCGUCUAAAUCCAGCAGGUAUCUAUGGCUUGAGUAAUUCACUGCUGGACACACCAUGGAGGAAACUGCAGCAAGGCAAACGUCAGUUCACCAGUAUCGUCAAUGAUCAGUCACUGUCCUGUGAUGGACUGGUACAAGAGCUGCUUAAUGUUCUUAACAAUGAGGAACUGAAUACACCUGAUCCAGCUCAGGAGGGCCAGGGUGACGGUUACACCAAAUCCAUGAUCCAGGCUUUGUCAGCAGUGUGUGUUCGCUCCCCUCAUUAUGGUACAAGGACCAAUACAGUAAUCCUGAUAGAUGCAGAGGGGAAUGUCGCCUUCACGGAGCGCACUAUGCUCAACUGUGACACAACCAAGUGGAGCACCAAUUCUUUCCAGUUCAAGCUGCAGGUGUGAAGACAUGAUAGACGAAGCCCACUCUGUGCCUUUCUGCAUCGCCUCUCCUUUCAUCUGCCCACUUCCACGGCAGCCCCGUGAACACGAAGACUUGUCUGCACUUUUUUCAGCUAGUCGUCUCUAGCUGCCUCAACUUCAGUGACAUAUAUUUCUUAUUAUUAUUAAUUUAAGUUAAAUGCUUCUGUUGUACAUGGGUGCUAAUUUAAAAGAUUGCCAAAGAACAUUUACUGUUUUGUAGAAGCAAAUCUUUUACCUGUAGGUCAUUAAAUAGCAGGAAUUUCAAACCAUUACAUAUUGCUGCUGAAUUGUGCAUCAUCCAUGAGAUUUUAAUGCAUUGCAGUUUUUCUUCCUCUCUCAUUCUAUCAUUCAUUUCCCAUGGUCCUUCACAUACUGUGUAAAAAAUGUAAAACUACAAUUUUCAUUCAGUUAAAACAGUUGAAAACAAUUCCAAUCAAAAAAAAAAAAAAAACAAUCUUGCAAUUUACUUCUUGACUUACUCAGCUAGAACUAUCACUUCAGUAAUGGUGAAAGUGUCCUGUCUUUCCUCACAAUAACCAAACUGUAACUCUGUUACAAGUCCGUUGUUGCACUCUACAAACUAGUGCUGUUGAUUUCACAUAUAUUUCAGCAUUGAAUGCAAUUUUUCAUUUACUGGAUCUCCAUAAUAGGUUUGAUGCAUUUUAAAGCUGCUUUACACAAAAACAAUAUUAUAUCCAAAUACUCACACUCUGCAUCCAAAUACUAAUUGCUGAAGAUUAAAGUAGCACGCACAAAGACGCACUAAGGAACCAAACUGUCUUAGUAACAAUAUGUUGAAAAUGGGAAGGUCUUAUGUGUUCAGAACUGAUAAUAACUGCCAUCUAUACAUACUAAAAUUUGCCACGAAGGAGGCAUAUAUUGCCUCUAAACUGUAUGAAAAGCAGUAUUGUUUCAGGUAAAAUGCAUCUAGUCAAGUGAUUCCCUCAGUUAAUGUCACUCCAGGUAAAAAUGUCCAUUAUUAAUAUAUCACUGGGAAGAUUUUGAAGCAUUGUUUCACCAGUUAAGAUCAAAUAAUUAAGUAAGAUUUAUAUAUUUUAAAAAAUGGAACUUAUUAUUAAAGUUCCAAUACUUAAGAUGGCUAAUAGUCAUGAGAAGAAGCAAUUUACUGCAUCCCAUAUAUGUGACUGAAGGUACUGUGACAAGUUUUACAUGAUUACUACUGUUAGUCAAUGGUGUCACCAGCUGCCCGGUUUGGGUAUUACAGUACACAUGCAUAUUUUUUUAGCUGCUCAAGUUCCCCUCAACAAAUUUAUUCUUUUUGCAAACAAGGAAUACAAUAAUGAACUGCAAAGCACAGCAAAGAACCAUAAAGAAGAGAUAUGUUGUCAUUUGUUGUUCUUAUACAUGCAAGGAUGUAGCCAUGGUAUCUUUGUUAAAUAUAAUGUGUGUUUAAUUUUAUUUCCAUCGCAUAUUUUAAAAUAAAAUAUAAAUGAUGAAA